GCGGGCGCCGGACCCCCAGGAGGAGCGACAGGUCUCGGGCCCUCAGGCGGAGCGGCGGGCGCCGGACCCCCAGGCGGAGCGACAGGUCUCGGACCCUCAGGCGGAGUGGCGGGCGCCGGACCCCCAGGCGGAACGACAGGUCUCAGGCCCCCAGGCGGGGGGCGGCGGGCACCGAGUCACCAGGCACAACCCGGGCACCGCGUCAUCUGGCAAGGCAGUGGGCUCCGAGUCAACUGGUAUGACCGCGGGCACUGGGUCAGACAUUGGAUCGUCUGGCUGGACAGCGGGCACUGGGUCACCAGGCAUCAGGUCAUUUGGCUCGACAGCGGGCACCGCGUCAUCUGGCAAGGCAGUGGGCUCCGAGUCAACAGGCACGACAGUGAGCACCGGGUCAUCAGGUACCGGAUUGUCUGGCUCGACAGCGGGCAUCGGGUCACCAGGCAUCAGGUCAUUUGGCUCGACAGCGGGCACCGGAUC